AAUAAAAAAAAUUAGUAAAAGAUCAUCACAUAAGUCCUCCACGCUGGCAGAACCUCUCGCACUGGGCCCACCAAAUGCUAUAUAUAUAUUGUCACCAUGUUCGAGUUAGAUUUAAGCCCAUCUUUGUUUUAUAACACGGAAGAAUGCUAUCGCAUCCAGAAGAGUUGCGAUCGUAGAGAGAAAGGAAGAGCGGUUAUGGUAAUCACGACGUCAUCCUCUACGAUUCUCAUCGGAGAAGAAGGCGUAGAGAUCCGUCCAUCAGAGGAGAGUACACCAACACAUUCUCAUCGACGGCGUUGGAGCACCCCGAUUGAAUCCGGCGUCGAAUCUCUCGACGAGAGGCUCACCUUCAGAUCUCUGACGGAUCACGAGGGAACGGAUCACCGAGGUGCUGACGAUUUUUAUCUAGGCGGCGAAAUAUCGGCGUGGGGACCGUUUGGACCGCCGUUACUGAAGGAGUCGAGACCAAUUGCGCCGCCGCAGAUGCCACUUCCGAAGAGGACGGAAGCGGUUGUAGAACUGAGGAGAGGGAGAAGCGUGACGAGGAAGCGAGAUCUGCCGCCAUAUCUGACGACGCUUGAUUGUAACGGACGGCCGAGAUUUCAUCAUAGGAGGGUGAGAAGCGAAGGGCGGUUGGAGAUUGCCAGCGUGGCAGUGAGUAUACCGGAGAUCGUUAGCGUACGUGGAAGAGAAGGACUCAGAAUCGGAACAGUGAGAAUCAGUCAAGAUGAAGGCGAACAUAAUCACUGAUAUUUUUGCUAAUUUCGCGGGGAUUGAUA